AUGGGUCGCACCCUGCUGGACGUGCUGCAUGUCCAUCGGGCCUUCCCCGAAGACCAGCGGCUGUCCAGCAUCCAGACAGCCUCCAUCAUGAAGGCAUGCUCUCAACCAUGUUCCUUGAAAGCUCUGGUUUCGACAGGAGGGAAAAAUGUCCAGGCAGCUUGUGACUGGCUCUUUUCCCACGUGGAUGACCCCUUCUUGGAUGACCCUCUGCCCAGAGAGUACGUGUUAUAUCUGCGACCCAGUGGGCCACUGCUCCAGCAGCUCUCGCACUUCUGGCAGCAGUCCCGCCUCUCCUGUGGGAAGAAUAAGGCCCACAACAUCUUCCCCCACAUCACCCUCUGCCAGUUCUUCAUGUGUGCCGACGGGAAGGUGGAGGCUCUGUCCGACGCUCUCCAGGCCACCGUGGCCAAGUGGAAGGCUCGUAUACCCAUGCCCCUCCCAUUGGAGCUCUAUACCUCCUCAACUUUCAUUGGCCUCUUUGUGGAGGAGCAGGUGGCGGAGGUGCUGAAGGGUUUCGCUGCCGAUUUUGCCACUGAAGCAGAAGCUAAAGCAGAUGUUCAUGUCGAGCCCCAUAAGAAACAACUUCAUGUCACGUUGGCAUACCACUUUCAAGUCAGUCACCUUCCAAUUUUGGAGAAGUUGGCCAAAAGCGUGGACGUGGCUUCAGGCUGUGACUGGCUGGCUGUGCUCUUCUCCCGGGAUAUUCGGUUUGCCAAUCACGAGACACUGCAAGUCAUGUACCCGUAUGUGCCUCAGAAUGACGAUGAGCUGGAGCUGGUGCCGGGAGACUUUAUCUUCAUGUCUCCAGUGGAGCAGACCAGUGCCAGUGAGGGCUGGGUGUACGGCACCUCUCUGGGCACGGGGCUGUCGGGCCUGCUGCCUGAGAACUAUGUCAGCCGUGGUGAUGAGUCUGAUACCUGGGUGGUCCAUGGGUCUCACUCUAUUCUCAACUGUGCCUCUCCCUCUAACGCCAGCACCACUGUUGGUGGGUUAUUGUUUGAUGGACAGCUCAAUGACAGUCUGCUUGACAGUUUUAUGGAUCCUCCCAGUCUCACUGGCCUCUGUCCUCCUAUGCAGGUGUCGAGGCCGGCUUGUCAGUCCUCCCUGUCUAAGAUGAGACUGUUUGUGUGUCGCCAUGGGGAGAGGAUGGAUGUGGUGUUUGGGAAACACUGGGUCACACAGUGCUUUGACUCCAAAGGCCGAUAUAUUCGCUCCAAUCUCAACAUGCCAUCCAGCCUGCCAGCUAGAAGCGGAGGUCACCGGGACUAUGAUAAAGAUUGUCCAAUUACUGUGUUUGGCUCCACCCAGGCCCGUCUUGUAGGUGAAGCCCUUUUGGAAAGCCACACGACAAUAGACUUUGUUUACUGCUCUCCUUCUCUUCGCUGCGUCCAGACUGCUCACCACAUUCUGCAGGGUCUCCAACAGGAGGGAAAGACAAAGAUCCGCGUGGAACCCGGAUUGUUUGAAUGGACCAAGUGGGUUUCAGGCACAUGUUUACCCAACUGGAUCCCCCCAGCUGAGCUGGCCGCUGCUAACUUGAGUGUGGACACAACAUACAGACCUUAUAUUCCCAUAAGUAAGUUGGCGGCGUCAGAGUCUUAUGACACCUACAUCAGCAGGAGCUUCCAAGUCACCCGAGAGAUCCUGGCAGACUCCAAGAACAUGGGAAACACGGUCCUGAUUGUGGCCCAUGCUUCCUCCCUGGAGGCUUGCACUCGCCAGAUACAAGGCCUCAGCCCCCAAAACUCCAAGGACUUUGUCCAAGUAGUCCGAAAGAUUCCUUACUUGGGGUUUUGUGCUUGUGAAGAAAUGGGAGAGACCGGGGUGUGGCAGCUGGUCGACCCACCCAUCUUGCCUCUGACACAUGGACCCAAUCACAGUUUCAACUGGAGGGAAAUGCUAAUGCAUGACUGAAUGACAUGCUGUUUGGCUCUCUAUCUUUUGGCAGCCCUGAACUGCUGUAAAAAAAAAUAUUUAUUUUUAACCCACACUGCUAUAAAUCCAGCCCAACUACCAAAAAAAUGACUAAACAAAAACAAACACGUCUGGCUUCCGUCAAAGACAUCAUGCAAAGAACAGAAGUGCAUUCAUUGAAGCAAAGGUAUUCAGACACACUGCUCAGGAAUGAGAAAAUACAGUUUGUGUGGAGAUCACAAAAAAAAUGAGCUACAGUUUGGGCAGCAGUUUGUUGCAUUUCCCUCAACGUUCCACUUCUUAGCCCAAAAUGUGGAGGUGCUACGAGAGAUCUGGAUAUUUCUUGAUGGUUGCUGAUAAAUCAGGUUUUAUGCCACGAGAAGGUGUCAUGAAGCUCUGCGUGUGGCUUCUCCUCGGGCGGGGCGGUGAAGACUUUGAGUUCUGCUGCCUUCUCACACACUGUGACAAGAAUUAGAUGAGAGAGAAAUAUUUUUCCAUGUGUCAAAAUAUUAUUUAACUUGUAGCUACGAGCCGCCUGCGAAUAAAGCACAAAAGAAAUGUUGACAAUCAGACAGGGGAGAACUGAUCUUCAUUGUUUCUGGUGUCGAGGCGGGUAGUUCAUGAUGCCUGUUUCAUUCCUUUAAAUGUCAUAUCAUUAAGUGAUUCUUCUAAGUUAACAUUUAUUUGCGCACAUGAAUCCUUUGACCUUCCUGUAAUGCAGUUCUGAUUACCACCACAGGAGCAACCAAGUCAAUAUGACUGAAGAAAAUGAAUAUAAUGGAACACAGACUGGUGUUGUGAAUUCUGUCCAAGUGCAUUGACUACAACGUCUGCUUGUUUAUCAUGACCCUGGCACUCUCUGUAAGCCUGAUAACCACACUGCUUUUUAAACACAUUUCAUUUUUUUUCUUUUUUGGUUAUGUGAGAUGAUUUAAGCGCUUACUGCCUAUACCAAUUAUUUGUUGUAUGACUCAGCAAAAUCUAUUGAUACUCACAAAAAUGAAUAAAGCAAGGUUGUGGAGUUAUGAAGGCUUAUACA